CGCAGAUUACGAAUUUGGAGGAACAGCAGGCGAUUAUCGGUAGUAGUCAAAGCAAGCUCAUCACUUUAUUUGGGACACAGAACGAGUGCAUCGUUAAAGUUGGGAAAGUGCAUGUCUCUCGAUUUUCAUUUUAAGUAUAUAUUAUUUAUUAAAUAUGUUUCCCCUAUUUUUUGUUCUGAGAUUCCCGUAAAUUUUUCUUUAAUAUUUUAUCCCUAUAGGCGCUCAUAUUUAUUUUCCUAUGUUUUAAAUUGGCAGUCAUAUAAUUAACAAAGGCUCCUAAACUCACUUCUUGGGUAAUUUUCCAUUGUGCAUAAGCGGCAGGGCUUAGAAACCAGAAUAGUAUCUCUUAACCUCCUAAUUACUGGCCGAUACAUCUAGCCAGUACGCGCACCUCUCAUAUAGCGAGAGUUUCCCGGCAUCCUCCGUUAGCGUCGGCCAGCCGGCCAAGCCGCAUUCAGCACUCGACAGCGCAGUGGCCGGACAAAAACAUCAAUAAAUGGUUCAUCAUAACGCAUGUAUUUAAAAAGAAAAGAAAACUUUAGGGGUUUCAAUUAAGCCUUCCUGAUAUGAUAAAGGACGCCCGAUACAUAUCCAAGUUCGUUAAUGGGCAUGGAAAUGAUUCCCGUUUAAUUAGGCAUGUUUCGACAACCGCAAUCUAAGAUGAAGAAAACAACUUUCGAACGCGCGAGCGUACGCACUGCGCGCCUGCGCGAGCAGAAGAAGAAACGAAGAUAGCGGACGACGGGGCACGCCUUGCCUCCACGCUCACUAACCAGGUCGACCACGACAGCUAGAACGCCUCAGCCGAAUGUCCGCUGCCCCGAACCCCGCGGUAGUGCUGCUCAUCGGCUUCGUUUACUGCGGGAGCAGGAUCCUGGUGGACCAACUCGCCCUGCUGGCCUACCCGUGGUGCGAUCACCCGACCAAGUGCUACGACUACGCCGAGGAGCUGGCCGCCAGCAUGGACCACAGCGUGGACCCAUGCGACAACCUGUACGAGCACGUGUGCGCGCACUGGUCGCGGCGGUAUCCCGCGUUUCCAGGUCAGUUCCACUUCCUGAAGAUCAGAGCGACGGUCUUCGUGCUGCAGCAACUCGAGCGAGCCGCCCCUCAGCACCCGUCGCUGGCCGUCAGGAGGGCCGUGACCGGGUACCAGGCCUGCCGCGGGGCCUUCGAUAAUCAGCGAGAAGAUGCCCAGGUCCUCUUCGACGUAUUCGAUCAGUUCAACGUCACGUGGCCGGCCUCGACGCUUCCGGAGAACUUCGACGUGAUGGAGUACCUGCUGGGCCUGUCACUGGACUACGGCCUGGAGACGCCGCUUCUACUCCGCUUGAGUCCAUACUUGCCGACGGACAGGCGCUACGGCUUUUCUCUGGACUUCGUCUUGGGCAGAGAUGGGACCGCGUACGAACCGGCGCAGGUAGCCGCCUGCAUGCCGUCGGUGGCGCCGUCCGUUGGGCACAAUUCUGCAUUGCAGUUCGGCGAGAUCAUUCACGCCGUGCACUCGGACCUGGUGGUCCUCCUGGAUGCCGUCUCCAGGGAUCGGACGCGAGUCCUCGCCACCAUCGAAAACCUGGCCAACGACGUCGCACAGCAAGUGGCGCCCGACACCCUGCUGAACGCCAUCAACAAGCACCUGCCGAAGAACACGCCGGUUCAAAAGGACGAGAAAGUGCUUGUCUACAACAAAACGGGCUUCGCGCUGAGCGAGAUGCUGAGAACCGCCAAUCGAUCGCGCUACGCGCAUCUCGUGCUGUUCAGCGGCUGGAACAUUGUCGCGAGAAACAAUGCCGGGAUGUCGUCGUCGCUGUUGACCUGCAUGUCCGGGAAGGCGUCUGAGGACGCUCGCGUCUUGGCUGCGGGGAUAUGCCUCCAUUUCGUGAAUGAGAUGGCCGGCUACGCCCUUGCCCGCUUUUACGUCGACAGCGCGGAACUUUCACGUGCUGUGCUUGACGUCACGGACACGUGGAACGCCGUGCGCGACGCCACGCGGCGAAACUUCCCCACCCUGUCGUGGAUGGACAAGUCCACCGCCGCGGGCGCCAUGGACCACGUGGAUAGCCUCCUAUCCAUCGUCGCCGUUCCGGCGCACCUGAACACUAGCCAGGCGCUGGACGCCUUCUACGAUUACCUGGGGGCCGACCAGUCGCAGCCCUUCUUCCAGUGGUUCAUGAAGUCGAGGAAUCGGCGGUCGGACAAGUACAAGAGCUUCAUCCGCGAGGACCCAAAGGUGGCCGUGCACCGCGAAGACAUGCCGUUGAGCUCGGUGGACGUGAACGCUUUUUACCUGCAUCUCUACCACAUCAUGGUCGUCCUUCCCGCCAUCAUUGCCCCGCCGUUUGCGGCUCCAGGCGUGGCCCCGGCGGUGAUCUACGGAUCCAUCGGCAAGGUCUUGGGUCACGAGCUGUCCCACGCCUUCGACCCGCAGUCCAGCACUCAGACCAGGACCGGUGACUUUGCCACGUGGUGGUCGCUGCCAUCGUUUAAGCGAUUCGUCGACAGGCUGUUGUGCGUCAUUUCUCAGCUGGGCAACUACACCGAAAGCUACGUCCACGGCUUCAACGCGCUGUCGGAGGUGUUCGCGGACACAGCCGGCACCGAGAAGGCUCGCCUGGCGUACGCUUCGCUACCGAUUCAGCCGGGUAUGCUCGGCUACUCGCAGGAGCAGCUGUUUUUCGUCGCGGGCUGCUUCGAGUUCUGUGCCAAGAAUCCCUACUCGUGGGACGUGUCGGACAUUUACCCGGCAUCCGCCCUGCGUUGCAAUUUACCCGUUGCCAACGAGAAGAAAUUCGCGGCAGCGUUCAAUUGUCCCACCGGAGCAGCACUGAACCCGCAGACGCGCUGCAUCUUCCACGGAACGUAGACUGUGGAACCUCAUUCAGCAGCUCCGUACUGGUUGCCAACAUUUUUCUUUUCUUUUCUGUUGCCAAUUUUCAGAUGUACUCCCCGUGCCUAGUAGUGAGAAACCAACGUGAUUAGACUGUGUUAUGAUCACACUAGGGACUCGACAAUCCUGAUUUAAUUCGUUAAUUACUUCCCUUUGAUUUCCGACAGACCCACUCGCGCUAUUAAGCAUGUGUUCACUUUGCUCGGUAGUCACCGCGUUCUUGUUUGCUUUCAUUUCUUGUUCUUACUUUCCUGCAAGUUUUUACUUCUCUGCUCUGUACGGCUGCUGCUAUUUAACUUAUCUGAACUCGCAUAUUCUCAUUCGAAGCAAGUGUCGCGUGCGAGCUUUUGGCACAACGUUAAGAACUUUUUUGUUCUAGUAACUAAAUUGUCUGUCACUACUGGUUUCAGUGAUUUGAAAGCACUGAAAUCUAAACUGAUGUUGUUCAAACGAA